ACGCGAGUCCACCCCCAGGCGACGCCGCCGCACGAGACCGCUCAACUCGACUGCUCGAGCGGAGCAGCGUAGCAAGCCCUAUUCGAGGUUUCGCCCGCAGAGCCCCAGAUCCGGCCACGCCGCGCCGCGCCUCGGCCUCGGCCUCUGCCGCAGCGAUGGUGUACUUCGAUUCGUGGGACGAGUUCGUCAGCAAGUCCGUGGAGCUCUUCCGCAGCCACCCCGACACCACCCGCUACGUUGUGAAGUACCGGCACUGCGAGGGGAAGCUCGUGCUCAAGGUCACCGACAACCACGAGUGCUUGAAGUUUAAGACAGAUCAAGCUCAGGAUGCAAAGAAGAUGGAAAAACUGAACACCAUCUUUUUUACUCUCAUGACCCAUGGACCUGAUGCUGACAUAAGUGAUGUUUCGGGGAAGGAACAGGCAGAACAACAGCAACCAAAGAAAGGUCGGGGCAGGAGGCAGUAGUGUAUCGGGCCUGUCUUGAUUUUAUUGAAAGGAAUCAUAACUGGAGUGGUGGAUGGACAUUUUGGCUUAAUGUUCUGAAGGAAAUGUGAGAUAUUUGGGGAUUAUUUUUAUUGAGAACUGAGAAGUACCUGUGUUCUGGUCAGAAAAACAAUCAGAUCUUUAACCCUUACUUUUGUCGCAUCUUUGGUUUUUUUAGCUGAUCAAUGUUGCAAGAUAUAUUCUCUGGAAUUCUUGUCCCUGCAUACUGCGUAGGGGAAUCAAGGCAA